AUGGCAGAAGCAGUGUUGAUUGAUUUCUUUGGUUUGAAAUUUAACUCUCAGAAAAACAGUCACCAGGUAUUACUGAAGACACUGAAUGCUGUCCGAUACCAUCAUGCUGCCAAGGCCAAGUUUCUUUGCAUAAUGUGUUGUAAUAGCAUCAGCUGUGAAAGGGAUGGGGAACAUAACUUUGAAUUGGAAGCAAGCAAUGGAUUAUCAGCUCUCUUGAGAGAGUUUGAGACUGUUAGCCAUCCUAGUAUGGCUGCCUCUUUGUAUACCAUUAAACAAAAAAUUGAUGAAAAAAACUUGAGCAGCAUUAAGGUAAUUGUACCCAAGCACCGGAAGACAUUGCUGAAAGCUUUUAUUGAUCAACUCUUCACCAACGUUUACAAUUUUGAGUUUGAAGAUUUACAGGUGACUUUGAGGGGAGGUCUUGUGAAACAGUCCACUGAAAUAAACAUGAUCACAGAUCAAGAACAAGAAGCAAUCCAGAAUGAAAUAAAAACAUAUUUGAGAAGUCUGCCAGCUCUGAAAGGAGAAUUAACCAUUAUCACAUCUCCAUUAAUCUCAGAUAUAUUCUUGCAUGGAUUUACUACAAGGACAGGUGGAAUAUCUUACAUACCAACUCUUAGCUCAUUCAAUCUCUUCAGUAGUUCCAAACGGAGGGAUCCCAAGGUUGUUGUCCAAGAAAAUCUGCGUAGGUUGGGGAAUGCUGCAGGAUUUGAUGUGGAGAAAUUUUACCAAAUAAAGACUGAUCAUGCCAAUGACGUCUGGAUUAUGGGAAGGAAGGAGCCUGAAUCUUACGAUGGAAUCACCACAAAUCAGAGGGGAGUCACAAUAGCAGCUCUUGGUGCUGACUGUAUACCAAUAGUUUUUGCUGAUCCUGUCAAAAAAGCAUGUGGGGUUGCUCACUCUGGUUGGAGAGGUACUUUGUUAGGUGUUGCUAUGGCUACAGUGCAUGCUCUGAUCACAGAAUACAGCUGUAGUUUGGAAGACAUUAUUGUUGUACUGGGACCUUCAGUAGGACCUUGCUGUUUUACUCUGCCAAGGGAAUCAGCAAAGGGAUUUCAUAAUCUUGAUCCUGAAUGUGUACGGUUAUUUGAUUCACCAAAUCCCUAUGUUGACAUUCGUAAAGCCACUAGGAUUCUUCUAGAACGGGGAGGAGUUCUACCACAGAAUAUUCAGGACCUGAACCAAGAUCUCAACAUCUGUACAUCCUGCCAUCCUGACAAGUUUUUUUCCCACGUCCGAGAUGGCCUUAAUUUUGGUACACAGAUUGGCUUCAUAUCAAUUAGAGAAUGA